CACACCACAGGCCAAAAACAUACCGUGGCUCUGAUCAAGACGCAGACUGGUAGAGCCCAGAGCCCACGAAGUGCCAACCCAGCCCCUAGUCUAGCCCAGAGCCCACGAAGUGCCAACCCAGCCCCUAGUCUAGCCCAGAGCCCACGAAGUGCCAACCCAGCCCCUAGUCUAGCCCAGAGCCCACGAAGUGCCAACCCAGCCCCUAGUCUAGCCCAGAGCCCACGAAGUGCCAACCCAGCCCCUAGUCUAGCCCAGAGCCCACGAAGUGCCAACCCAGCCCCUAGUCUAGCCCAGAGCCCACGAAGUGCCAACCCAGCCCCUAGUCUAGCCCAGAGCCCACGAAGUGCCAACCCAGCCCCUAGUCUAGCCCAGAGCCCACGAAGUGCCAACCCAGCCCCUAGUCUAGCCCAGAGCCCACGAAGUGCCAACCCAGCCCCUAGUCUAGCCCAGAGCCCACGAAGUGCCAACCCAGCCCCUAGUCUAGCCCAGAGCCCACGAAGUGCCAACCCAGCCCCUAGUCUAGCCCAGAGCCCACGAAGUGCCAACCCAGCCCCUAGUCUAGCCCAGAGCCCACGAAGUGCCAACCCAGCCCCUAGUCUAGCCCAGAGCCCACGAAGUGCCAACCCAGCCCCUAGUCUAGCCCAGAGCCCACGAAGUGCCAACCCAGCCCCUAGUCUAGCCCAGAGCCCACGAAGUGCCAACCCAGACCCUAGUCUAGCCCAGAGCCCACGAAGUGCCAACCCAGCCCCUAGUCUAGCCCAGAGCCCACGAAGUGCCAACCCAGACCCUAGUCUAGCCCAGAGCCCACGAAGUGCCAACCCAGCCCCUAGUCUAGCCCAGAGCCCACGAAGUGCCAACCCAGACCCUAGUCUAGCCCAGAGCCCACGAAGUGCCAACCCAGCCCCUAGUCUAGCCCAGAGCCCACGAAGUGCCAACCCAGCCCCUAGUCUAGCCCAGAGCCCACGAAGUGCCAACCCAGCCCCUAGUCUAGCCCAGAGCCCACGAAGUGCCAACCCAGCCCCUAGUCUAGCCCAGAGCCCACGAAGUGCCAACCCAGCCCCUAGUCUAGCCCAGAGCCCACGAAGUGCCAACCCAGCCCCUAGUCUAGCCCAGAGCCCACGAAGUGCCAACCCAGCCCCUAGUCUAGCCCAGAGCCCACGAAGUGCCAACCCAGCCCCUAGUCUAGCCCAGAGCCCACGAAGUGCCAACCCAGCCCCUAGUCUAGCCCAGAGCCCACGAAGUGCCAACCCAGCCCCUAGUCUAGCCCACAGCCCACGAAGUGCCAACCCAGCCCCUAGUCUAGCCCAGAGCCCACGAAGUGCCAACCCAGCCCCUAGUCUAGCCCAGAGCCCACGAAGUGCCAACCCAGCCCCUAGUCUAGCCCAGAGCCCACGAAGUGCCAACCCAGCCCCUAGUCUAGCCCAGAGCCCACGAAGUGCCAACCCAGCCCCUAGUCUAGCCCAGAGCCCACGAAGUGCCAACCCAGCCCCUAGUCUAGCCCAGAGCCCACGAAGUGCCAACCCAGCCCCUAGUCUAGCCCAGAGCCCACGAAGUGCCAACCCAGCCCCUAGUCUAGCCCAGAGCCCACGAAGUGCCAACCCAGCCCCUAGUCUAGCCCAGAGCCCACGAAGUGCCAACCCAGCCCCUAGUCUAGCCCAGAGCCCACGAAGUGCCAACCCAGCCCCUAGUCUAGCCCAGAGCCCACGAAGUGCCAACCCAGACCCUAGUCUAGCCCAGAGCCCACGAAGUGCCAACCCAGACCCUAGUCUAGCCCAGAGCCCACGAAGUGCCAACCCAGCCCCUAGUCUAGCCCAGAGCCCACAAAGUGCCAACCCAGCCCCUAGUCUAGCCCAGAGCCCACGAAGUGCCAACCCAGCCCCUAGUCUAGCCCAGAGCCCACGAAGUGCCAACCCAGCCCCUAGUCUAGCCCAGAGCCCACGAAGUGCCAACCCAGCCCCUAGUCUAGCCCAGAGCCCACGAAGUGCCAACCCAGCCCCUAGUCUAGCCCAGAGCCCACGAAGUGCCAACCCAGCCCCUAGUCUAGCCCAGAGCCCACGAAGUGCCAACCCAGCCCCUAGUCUAGCCCAGAGCCCACGAAGUGCCAACCCAGCCCCUAGUCUAGCCCAGAGCCCACGAAGUGCCAACCCAGCCCCUAGUCUAGCCCAGAGCCCACGAAGUGCCAACCCAGCCCCUAGUCUAGCCCAGAGCCCACGAAGUGCCAACCCAGCCCCUAGUCUAGCCCAGAGCCCACGAAGUGCCAACCCAGCCCCUAGUCUAGCCCAGAGCCCACGAAGUGCCAACCCAGCCCCUAGUCUAGCCCAGAGCCCACGAAGUGCCAACCCAGCCCCUAGUCUAGCCCAGAGCCCACGAAGUGCCAACCCAGCCCCUAGUCUAGCCCAGAGCCCACGAAGUGCCAACCCAGCCCCUAGUCUAGCCCAGAGCCCACGAAGUGCCAACCCAGCCCCUAGUCUAGUCCAGACCCUGUUCAUGCAGAUCUGA